AUAAUAUACUGUCAAAUUUUGCAGACGGGUUGACGGGGUCACUGAUCAUAUUCGAAAAAAUUCUUAUAGAAUUAUCGUAAAAUAACUUGUUAUAAAAAGAAUAAAAUACAUCAUGAAUAGCAUCAAGAUUGUAAGGAAUUUACCUCGCCAAUGGCGGUCUUUCUCACGAUGCUCAAUUUUGCAGCAAGAGGUGUUACAGGCGGCCCAGCCACUCUCAGUCCCAGUGCCCGAGGGCGUCGACAAGCCAGUGUCGCCGAAAAUAGAGAAACUGUUCACCGAAAUUACAAGUCUUAACCUUCUUGAAGUCUCUGAACUUAGCCAGGUGCUGAAAAAAAGACUGAACCUUCCCGAUGCACCGGUGAUGCCUAUGGGAGGCUUUGCUAUGGCUCCAGUUGCAGCUCAAGAAGACGAAGAGGCUGCCACACCAAAGGCUGUUAAAACCAGCUUUACUGUAAAAAUGACCAAAUUCGACGACAAACAGAAAGUGGCCCUGAUCAAAGAAGUGAAGAGCCUUCUAGAAGGUUUCAACUUGGUGCAAGCGAAGAAGUUCGUGGAAAGUGUACCCACAGUUGUGAAGGCUGAUAUCUCCAAAGACGAAGCUGAGAAACUAAAGGAGGCCUUAAGCAAAGUCGGGGCAGUCAUAGAAAUUGAAUAGACGUAAAUUAGUUUUAGUAUUUUAGUGUACAUUAUUUAGUUCAUUUAAAAAUUAUAUGAGAAAAGAACAA